GGAAGAGGCGGGGCUUCAUUCCAAGCGGCAUCCCCCGUUGUUCAUUCAACAUGGCAGCGGGGCCGAUUUCGGAAAGAAACCAAGAUGCCACGGUGUAUGUGGGUGGCCUGGAUGAGAAGGUGUCAGAGCCGUUACUGUGGGAGCUUUUUUUGCAGGCUGGUCCUGUUGUCAACACGCACAUGCCCAAGGACAGGGUGACAGGACAACAUCAAGGAUAUGGAUUUGUGGAGUUUCUUAGUGAAGAAGAUGCGGACUACGCCAUCAAAAUCAUGAAUAUGAUCAAGCUCUACGGUAAACCCAUCCGCGUCAAUAAGGCGUCGGCACACAAUAAAAACCUGGACGUGGGUGCCAACAUUUUCAUCGGCAACCUGGACCCAGAGAUCGACGAGAAGCUCCUCUACGACACGUUCAGCGCUUUCGGCGUCAUCCUGCAGACGCCCAAGAUUAUGCGCGACCCCGACACGGGCAACUCCAAGGGAUACGCCUUCAUCAACUUUGCCAGCUUUGACGCGUCGGACGCCGCCAUCGAGGCCAUGAACGGUCAGUACCUGUGCAACAGGCCCAUCACCGUGUCCUACGCCUUCAAGAAGGACUCCAAAGGAGAGCGCCACGGCUCGGCCGCCGAGCGACUCCUCGCCGCCCAGAACCCGCUCUCACAGGCAGACAGGCCGCAUCAGCUGUUUGCUGAUGCGCCGCCGCCGCAGGCCAUACCACCGCCAGUUCUGACCUCGAUGGGACCCGGGAUGCCCAUGCCAGGGAUGCCCCCUCCCGGAGCGUUUCCCCCCAUGCCGCCUCCAGGAUCGAUGCCUUCCAUGCCUCCCAAUAUGGCUAUGCAUGCCGCACACGGAGGCCCACAAGGUGGACACCCACCUGGACCCCCACCUUUCCCUCCUGCCUCCAUGCACGCAGGUAUGCCUCAAAUGCCCAUGCCCCCUCCAGCGCCUCCUGGCAUGGUGCCACCACCUCCAGCGCCUCCAGGCUCAACUCAAGCCCGUGCACCGCCACCUCCCGGCAUGCCCCCACCGCCACCCAUGGGCAUGCCACACCGGGCCCCCUACGGACCACCCAUGGGUCACCCCGUACCUCCUGGCAUGAGAGGACCCCCUCCUCCUAUGCCCCCGCCAGGCUACGGCGCCGCUCCCCCUCGCCCUCCUCCCUUUGGCUUCCAGAGAGCUCCCCCCAUGCCGCCGAGGCCGCCCAGUGCCCCGCCCCGGGUUCCCUUAAGGGCACCCAUGCCACCUUAAAUCCAAACAUAUUCCAAAAAAUUCCUGCACCCUUGAUGUUUUUCUUUUUUUCUUUUUUAAAUGUCAAAACAAGUUUGUAAGCGUACUUAUUUUAAUGAUGGGUUUGUACUUUUUGGGGUCACUGUACAGAUGAAAGACCGCUGAUCAAUAAAACCUUUAGUACACACGGCGGAUUGUUUGCUACAACACAAGCAGGUCAGCAGUUUUCAUUUCCUUCAUAGAAAGUUUCUAUUUUAAGUAUACAUUUUAUAUACAUAUGUCGGUGUGUAUAUACUCUAUAAUAUUUCUUUAUAAUGGUCAGAAUGCUUUUUUUUGGGCUUAAAUGUGUAUCGCAGCUCAGAGCCAGCCCUAUACCCAACGUGGUGCCCCCCUCCAUCAGUGAUUUACAUAGCUUGCAGAAGAAAUUGAAUGGCUUCGCUUUUACUGUUGCCUUUCAUUUGUAAGACGACGUGUCAUCCAGUUUACAUGGUUGACAAAUUACAAAUAAAUACAAAAAAAGUCUGAACUAUAUUAGAAAUACGCUUAACACAAAGUAAAACAUCCUGUAAAUACGAUAAUAAAUAUAAAUACAGCAAUCAACAUUAAACAACCACACUGUU